AUGUGUAUCCGUCCAACUGUCAUGAAGAAGCCGCCUGAAAACGUGACGCUAUUGGCCUUCGCAAAACAUUUGGUCCGGCGUGGCAUCUUUUUAAGCAGCGAGCGGUUUAAAAAAGGAAGCACGCGCCGGAGGAUGGACUGUAAAUCAUGGGCCAGCUGGCUUAGCAGAUGGCACACGCUUCUGGAAAUAUUGCCUCCUUCCGAGCCGCCACUAUGUCACUGGGUGAGUGUCGGGUUAUCCUUAGGAUAUGAAUAA